AUCACUAUAAAUACUUUCGUUUCGGAUCACCCGGACAUCAGUCUUACAUUCGUCUUCUUCUUGCACCUUCCAAGCACCCAAAUAUUUUGGAAAUGGCUGCCAAGACUAUCAUCAUCAUUGCAACAUCUAUCAUGGUAACCAAGGCCAGCUUGGUACCGGCGCCAGUAGCAAUAGCACCAGCACCUCUCGUCAAAGUUGGCGACUAUGAUCCACAUCCUCAAUACACUUAUGCCUAUGACGUUCAAGAUAGUAUAACAGGAGAUACAAAAAGUCAACACGAAACCAGAAAUGGAGACACUGUGAGCGGAAGUUACAGUUUGAUUGAAGCUGAUGGAACGAGACGAGUAGUCAAUUAUUUUGCGGACGGAGUAAAUGGUUUUAAUGCUGUUGUUCAUCGAGAACCUGCCAUUUUGAAGAGUGUUCCAGCAGUUCCAGUUGCUCCAGUUGCUCCAGUGGCACCAGUUGUUCCAGUUGCCAAAGUUGCUCAUCCUCUUCCUCAUCCCUAUCAUCAUCCAUAUUUUUCCAAUCCAACUGCUUUUGCCUUCCAUCAAUGAUGAUAAACCUUGCUGUCCUAUAGUUCUAGUCAAAAUGCUGUAAAUACCUAUUGCUACCUUUUGU